AUGAAAUCUAUUUCGAUUACGAAACAAUCUGUUGUCGUGCCGUCAACAAUUACUGUACAUGUGGCGGACUCAACUUUACGUUUUGAGGGUCCACUCGGCAAAAUUUCCGUAAAUUUGGCACAUCAUGAUCAAUUCGGGGAGUGUUUUUUCUCUCUGAAGCUUUUAGAAGGUGGGCAACACCUUUUAUCCUUUAGUACGACACAAAGGAAAGGGAAAACUUUUUUAAAUGCUUUUAAAGCAUCUCUUUUACAAUAUUUUACUGGACUGACACAAGGAUUUCUUGUCAGUUUGGAAUGUGUUGGGAUUGGAUAUAAAGUCCACUAUGAGAAAAAUGUACUUCACAUGAAGUUAGGUUUUAGUCAUUUGACUACAUUUCAGGUGCCACAGGAUGUACAAGUUUUUUCACCAAAGCCGAACAUUAUUUGUUUUUUUGGUGUGGACAAAAAAAGGUUACAUAAGGUUGCUGCUGAUGUGCAAUCAUUAAAAUUUCCUGAUGCAUACAAAGGGAAAGGACUGAGAUUUACUCAUAUCCCGGUUUCUCUCAAGGAAGGAAAGAAAAAAUAA